UUUAGCUUCACACACAAUCUCACCCUCAAUAUCCGCCAUUGAAUUCUUCUUCCAUUUCUCUUUUUUCUGCAUACCCAUUUCGUUUUUCUUCCCAAAUGGCCCUUUCUUGCUCCAAAGUUUUAAGCUUUUAUCUCUCGCCCGUUGUGGGUGGUGGUGAUGUUCCGAAAAAGCUCACUUUUUCUUCUUUUUUGGGUCUUUCUAAGGGUGUUGGUGGAAGCAGGAGCUCGAGGGUGUGUGCUGCUUCAAAUGCACCCGCACCACUCGCUGGGGUCAUAUUUGAACCAUUUCAAGAGCUCAAGAAGGAUUAUCUUGCUGUUCCGAUUGCACACAAUGUUUCCUUGGCUCGUCAGAACUAUGCAGAUGACUCUGAAUCUGCAAUCAACGAGCAGAUCAAUGUGGAAUACAACGUUUCCUAUGUGUACCACGCCUUGUUUGCGUACUUCGACAGAGACAACAUAGCUCUCAAAGGACUUGCAAAGUUCUUCAAGGAAUCAAGUGAAGAAGAAAGAGAGCAUGCCGAGCAGCUUAUAAAGUAUCAGAACAUUCGUGGUGGACGAGUGGUGCUGCACCCAAUCACAAGUCCUCCCUCGGAAUUUGAGCAUUCGGAAAAAGGGGAUGCCUUGUAUGCCAUGGAACUAGCUUUGUCUUUGGAGAAGUUGACGAAUGAGAAACUUCUGCACGUUCACAGUGUGGCAGAACGUAACAAUGAUCCUCAAUUGGCAGACUUCAUUGAGAGCGAGUUCUUGUAUGAGCAGGUUAAAUCGAUUAAAAAGAUUGCAGAGUAUGUGGCUCAACUGAGAUUAGUUGGAAAGGGUCAUGGUGUGUGGCACUUUGAUCAAAAGCUUCUUCACGAUGAAGAUCAUGUAUAAUCUUUGAACGGCCUCUGCUUUCUAAAUAUGGUCCUAUGUGAAGUUAUGUGUUGUUCUGCUUGUAGGAAUAGUGAAUAAGUGUUUCUCUCCUAGGUGAUAAAAAUGUAGGAACUUUGUGUUGUAUUAUAGUUAUUGUUGGUAGAAUGGUAGUAGUAGUAGUAUUAUUAUGUGCAAUCUCGUAUGUUUGUAGCAUGCAAUUAUUUUGUUAGAAGUAAAAAAUGACGUCGGCUACUUGGGUUCAAGUGCAACUCUGUUUGAUGGUUUGAAAUUUUUAUACUAAAAUUAGGAAAAUGUCCUAAAAGGAUGUGUUGGAACAA